AUGGAGUCAUACAAGGAGCUCACUUGUGAGUUUUUGGCAUCGAUGAGGUACCACAAGUAUGAUGAGCUCGAUCGAGCUGAGUUGGACCAAGGAUUGGGAUGGAUCACGUUCUUGGCAAGGGAGAAAGGAAGGUCCAAGGCAGCUCAGAUCAGGAGCCCAGUCUUGAGAUAUGUGCACAAGGCACUUGCCAACACCUUCUUUGCAAGGAAGGCACUGGGACAAUAA